AUGUCAACCUGCAGCGGUGCUCAUCAAUGUCCUCUGUAUCUUUUUCUUUUGCUUCUAUGCCUGCUUUCCUUGCAUGCAUGUAGUGCCCGUCGUCUUGCUGCGGUUGAUGAUCCUAAAAAAUCUACGAAAUCGCUUCAUUUCACCAACAAGGGUAAUGAUGUUAACAUUACAGGUGUGCCGAAAGUUGAAUCUUUCUCGUCAUCAAAGGCGGUUCUUGAAGUGACAGAAGGAUCAGAAAUCAAGGUGGAUACGGAAGCCAAUAGCGAUGAUAGUACUAAAGAAGAAGGUCCUAAACAGUACUACACAACAGCUGCCCCGAAUGUCUCGUCCAGGAAAAGGAAAAUAUCAUCCUCAUCCUUAAGCGGUGCAGAUCAGAAAACGAAAAUGAGGUCUGAUCAGCAUGUUUCAGUUUCAUGGCGACUGCCGAAGAAGAAACGAGGGAUUCAGAAGCAACCAGGGUUUAAUCUGGACUACUCACCCCCGAAGACACACCCUCCUUCUCAUAACUAA